AGAUCGUUCACAAUCAUCUUCACCCUCGCCUUCGCCAUCGACUGCCCCGUGUCCGCAAGUGCAGCGUCAGUUCCUUGCGCGUGCGUCAACGCCACUUUGGACUGUUCGUCCCGCCAUAAGUCGGCGCUGGACGCCGUCGACCGCUGCGAUGGGCCGGUCACCUCCGUCGAUCUCUCCUCCAACGAGUUCACCGUCUUCCCAGAGCGCUUGGGCGAGGACGUUGUGAGCGUCAACCUGGCAAGAAACAAACUCACUGCGUUCCCGAGCUCCGCGCAGCUCGCCGCGCGACUCACAGAGCUUGACCUCUCGGAGAACAGCAUCGGCAACGAAUCAGCCGGGCUCGGGAACUUCGCAUCCUUAAAGGUGCUGCUGGUGCCGAGGAACCGCCUGACCUCCCUGCGCUUCCUGCCCUCCCCGUGCGCGCUCCGCCGCCUCGACGUCUCCGUCAACGCCGUCAGCGACCUCUCGGGCCUGCGCGCUUGCGCUGCACUCGAGGAGCUGCGCCUGUACGGCAACCGCCUGCACGCUCUGCUGGCGGACGCGCUCGCCGGCCUCGCCCACCUGCGCGCCCUCGACCUGGGAACAGCGCGCCUCCGCGCCCUGCCGGCCGGUCUCUUCGACGCCACGCCCGCCCUCCGCCGGCUCAACUUAGGCUUCAAUGGCUUCUCCGCGCUGCCCGACGCCCUCUUGGCGCCGCUGACGCGCCUGCAGACGCUCUCGCUGGCCAGCAACUGGCAACUCAGGCUGCGCGCCGGCCAGCUGGGCGAUCACCCCGAGCUGCAGGAGUUGGACAUAUCGAAAACCGCCGAGCUAGAGUUGAAUCCCCGGGAGUUUUCCCGGUUCCCCAAACUGAAAACUCUAAAAAUGUCCGGUAAUAAAUUAAACUCGCUACCCGACGAUGUAUUUUCAGGUCUCAACAAUCUGGAGUAUCUCGGUAUUGGAGAAAAUAAUUUUGCAACUUUACCUAAACAAAUAUUCUUGCAACUCACAAGUUUGAAGUUCCUCUACAUGGAAGACUGUAAUCUCGCCACUUUCCCGUUAGAGCACGUUCAAGGCUUGAAAGAAUUAGUAGUAUUCCACAUAUCUAGAAAUCGCUUUACAUCCAUUCCCUCAAAAUCGUUUUCCUCGUUCAUCAAACUUGAAAAACUUGAUAUUUCAAACAAUCCUCUGUCGAUGUUAGAACCGGACUCAUUAAAUGGGCUAACAAAUCUUCGUAACUUAAAAAUGGAUCGUACGAAACUCCAAUCAUUGCCUCGGGGGUUCUUCCUACCUUUGGUCAAUCUCAAUGAUUUAUCCUUGAGAGAUAAUGACAUGCCAACUUUGUUGCAAAACAACAAAGUGUUUGAUGGUCUUCAGAACCUACAGCGUCUCUCACUGAGAAAAAUGGGUAUUCAAGAACUCUCGCAAAGCUGCUUCUCCGUAUUGGAGCAGCUAAGUCAUCUGGAUCUUGGAAUGAACAAGCUGUCUUCGUUGCCUGCAGGGGCUUUUGAGGGGCUCACUGCCCUGAAAGAGCUGCGGCUCGACUCCAACCAGCUGACAGAGCUCUCUGGUGCAGCUCUCGCCGGACUUGGAAACCUCCAGACGCUCGAUAUACGGAAUAACGACCUACAAAAGCUGAGCGACGGAGCCUUCAAACUCGUUCCAGCACUGGAGUGCUUAAUUGCUGGCAGCAACAACUUGACAGAAAUCGGCAAAGAAGUCUUUGCAGGGCUGCUUCCCCUGCAGAGCCUCUUCCUGGACCACACCGCCUCGUCGAGUGCGCGGCGUCGCCUGGGCGACUGCGCGGCGCGCGUAGCUCUACCUCACACAGCAACCGGCUGCGGCGGCAGGCUCAGUAACAACGAGCACGCGUGGCCGCGCCUGGAGCGGGCCUGCCUCGCGGGCAACGCCAUCGCGGAGGCGAGCGAGGCGGCGCUGCGCUCGUGGCUGGAGCCCCGCGCCAGCCGCCCGCGCCACCUGGACCUCAGCAGGAACCGCCUGGCGCGCGCGGCCGCCUUCCGCUGGGCGCUAGACCAGCCGGCCGUCGACGCCUCCGUCCUCAGCAAAGCAUCUGCGCCCACUUCACCUUCGGGGUUCUUUGCUCUGCACAGAAUUUCGGGCAUCACUCUCUGCUCGUGCGGGGUGCUGCGGCAGGGGUUGGCCAGCGUGGACUUCUGCUUGGACCUGCCGUGCUCCGGCCACCCGGACGCCAACGCCUCCGCGCCCAGGGACUGGAUGGAAGCGGCGCGCAGCGGAUGGGCGAGCAAACACGCCACGUAA